UAUCAUUACUACUACAUUGUAUUACAUUGUGCUGUCUGAACAGAGCGAGAGCGAGAGCUUUCACUGCGGCGAAAACAACGUUUAGGACAGUUUUUCUUUGGGUUUACUACUUUCAUAGCUCUGUUCGGACACUCAUACCACUCGACUCGAUUUCCCUCACAACUUCACUGCCCCGCUAGGGUUUAUCUCGCCAGGUUUUAGCUUUUGAGAUAGAAAAUGGAGGGUACUAGUGAAACUAUGCAACGGCCUAAUAAUUCUGCAUUUGGUUUCGGGACAUCUCAAAUGGGGAUUCUUCCUUUGGGUCAAUUAUCGCCUAACUUGAGUCCCGAUGGCAGUAAGAGACCCGGUAUACCCCCUUCGCACCCGAAUAACCCGAUGAUUCAUUCACUGCCAUACUCGAAGGGUGCAGGGGUUCGAUCGGGCAACUGGCAAUCGACUCCGCAGAAUACGAGUCCAGGGCCGUCUCAUACCAGGUCUUUGUCCCAGCCUUCGUUUUUCUCGCUUGAUUCCUUGCCGCCACUAAGUCCUUCGCCUCAUCGUGAGCCGUCACAUUCCUCACUGUCUGACCCAGCUUCGAAUGAUGUUACCAUGGAGGAAAAUGUUGUGAAUUCUAAUUCCCAGUCGCUUCCUUCGCCUGUUAACCGAGGUGGUGCGUUUCGGGCCGGUGACAGCCUUCCUCCUCGGAAGGGGCAUAGGCGUUCCAGUAGUGAUAUUCUUUUGGGAUUUUCUGCUAUGAUUCAGUCUUCUCCUCAAUUAAUUCCCAUUUCUAGUCGGGGAGUUUUUGAUGGAGCUGUUUCUGGCAGAGAGAACCCGAAUCAGUUGGUGAAACAGGAGCAUAAUAAGGAUAAUGGUAACAAUACUGCCAACGGGAUGGAGGAUAAAAGAUCUGACGGGGAGGUUGCCGAUGACUUGUUUAGUGCAUACAUGAACUUGGAAAACAUCGACAAAGUGAACUCAACUGGUACUGAGGAUAAGGAUUUCGAUAGCAGAGCAAGCGGCUCGAAGACAAAUGGAUGUGAAAGCAGUGAUAAUGAAGUGGAAAGUAGUAUUAAUGCGAAUCCCAACAGCAUUUCAGGGUCAAGUUCUGGUUUUGCAAAUGGAAAGAGGGAAGGAGUGAAGAGAGCUGCUGCUGGAGAUAUUGCACCAACUUCCAGACACUAUAGAAGUCUUUCCAUGGAUAGUUAUAUGGGAAGUUUGCAAUUUGAUGAUGAAUCGCUGAAGAUCCUUCCACUGGGAACUGGGGCGAGUCUACAAUCACCUAACAGUUUGGUUGAUGGGAACUCAACUAAGUUUGGUAUGGAGUUUGGAAAUGGCGAAUUCAGUGCGGUUGAGUUGAAAAAGAUUAUGGAAAGUGAAAAGCUCACUGAGAUAGCUUUAUCAGAUCCCAAACGAGCCAAGAGGAUCUUGGCUAAUCGACAAUCAGCUGCUCGUUCAAAGGAGCGGAGGUCGCGUUAUAUUUCGGAAUUGGAACAUAAAGUUCAAACUCUGCAGACAGAAGCAACAACUUUGUCUGCUCAGGUUACAAAGUUGCAGAGAGAUUCUGUGGGUCUUACGAGUCAAAAUAGUGAGUUGAAAUUUCGUGUUCAAGCAAUGGAGCAACAAGCCCAGUUGAAAGAUGCUUUAAAUGAAGCGCUGAGUGCUGAAGUCCAGCGUCUAAAGCUUACAGCUGCAGAGCUUAGUGGUGAAGCUCAUCUCUCGAAUUGCAUGGCUCAGCAGCUUUCAAUAAAUCAACAAAUGUACCAGAUGCAGCACCGGCAGUCGGUCCAGCUGAAUCUUUAUCAGAUGCAACAACAGCAACAGCCCAAUGAGAUGUCUUCUCAGCCGCGUAAUGGUAAGGUUGCUGAGCAUGAGUCCAAUCAAUAGGGGAGGCUGGCCAGUUCAACAAUUGUCCUGUGAUUAUUCAAAAGUUGCAAAGUGCGUGCACGUUUUGUUCUUUUGUUUGUUUUUGUUUUUGUUUUUUUUUUUUUGAAAUAAUGGUGGUAAUUAGUAAAGAAUGGGUAUAUAUAUAUAUGAGGCUCUACAUUACAUUGUUUAAAAGUUACUCAAAAUAUUCUUUCUUCUUCAUCUUCUUCUACAGUGGGUUGGUAAAUCUUGUUAAGACACGAUUGGGAUUUAUAUCAAACUUCUUAUUCGGUUAUUUCUUCCAUCAUGAAACAAUUCAAGAUUGUGCUUGGAAACUGAA